CUUUCCUCUUUCUAUGACAGCAAAUAAUAACCUUACCGGGUAUCAGCGUACAGCUAUCACCUUACCACCACGCUUAUCUCGAAUACCCCGUAUUCAUAGGCAUCAUAUCAGAUCGCUUGCUUCGCUUAUCAAAGAAGCUGCUGAAAAGAACUGGCCUAUCGAACAGUGGAAACGCUCCAUACUAAAGAUCCUUCAUGGUGGUGCAGUCAACGAGGAUGAAGUCAACUCCAAGGUGCCACAUAUCAAUGACUCUCUUCACAUGAGUCUGUGUAAAGGCGAUAAACUCAAACCGGCUGCUCUUGCUGUAAUCAAAAAGCUUUUGCCAGAAUGGAGAGAUGUUCAAAGUAUUGAAAUGAAUAGAAUAAGUGGAGCUUUGACAAACGCUGUGUUCUUUGUCACCAGCAUACACGGGAAGAUCCUAUUACGAAUUUAUGGCGUCGGUGUGGACGAAAUAUUACAUAGAGACAGAGAAAUCGUUUGGCUGAAGCUGUUGUCUCAGAUGAAUAUUGGACCACAAUUACUCGGAACCUUUGCCAAUGGUAGACUGGAACAGUACCUGGAUUCAGCAACCUUGACUCACCCUGAAAUCAGCGACCCUGCAAUUUCUGAAACGAUAGCAAAUAGAAUUGGAGAACUCCACAGUAUCGUUGAUUCCUUUCCCCCAACUAAGAGCGAACGAGAGUCGCCAGAAAUAUGGUACAACGUGGACAAAUGGUAUCCAAUGGCUAUGCGUGUUGUGACGGAGAUAUACAAGCGCAAACCGGAAAGUCGAGAAGGCUUACGAUCCUUUGGCAUCUUGCAGCUCGACACUGAAAUUAACGACUUGAAGGAAAUCUUAAACAAGCUUGACAGCGAGAUUGUGUUUUGCCACAAUGAUACCCAAUAUGGUAAUAUCUUGAGGAUGAACGAUGAAGACGGUGAACUUGUGCUAGUCGACUACGAAUACGCUGGUUAUAACUAUGCUGCUUUUGACAUUGGAAAUCAUUGGUGCGAAUGGACAGCCAACUACCAUGCUGAAGAUCCUGCUUUGAUUCAUCUUGAACAAUAUCCUAACGAAGAGGAGCAAUUACGUUUUGUUCGUUCUUACCUCCGGGAACGAAUGGCACCCAAGGUUUUAAGUGACGAGGAACUAGAAGAACAAGCCGUGCGCUUAGCCAGUGAAUCAAGAAAAUGGAGUGUUGCAAGCCAUCUCAUGUGGGGCCUAUGGGGUUUGGUUCAAGCAAGUCAAAGCGAGAUAGAUUUUGAUUAUUAUAAAUAUGCUAUGCAGCGUCUUUCUGCGUUCCGGGACGGAUUGAUCAAAUUGCAAACAGAGUAAUUUUUUUUUUACUACCUAAAAUAGAUGAUGUCAUAAUAAAAACUCAAACCUUGGAAAAUCAAAACGUUUGA